ACACUAUAUUGCCAAAAGUAUUGGGACCCCCCUCCAAAUCAUGUGAUUCAGGUGUUCCAAUUACCUCCAUGGACACAGGUGUAUAUAAUCAAUCACCUAGGCAUGCAGACUGCUUCUACAAACAUUGGUGAAAAAAUGGGUCGCUCUCAGGAGCUCAGUGACUCCAAGCGUGGUCCCGUGAUAGGUUGUCACCUGUGCAAUAAGUCCAUCCGUGACAUUUCCUGGCUACUAAAUAUUCCACGGUCAACUGUUAGGGGUAUUAAAUCAAAGUGGAAGCAAUUGGGAACAACAGCAACUCGAAGUGGUAGGCCACGUAAAAUGACAGGACGGAGUCAGUGUUUGCUGAAGCGCACAGUGCGCAGAAGUCACCACCUGUAUGCAGAGUCAAUAGCUAAAGACCUCUAAACCUCAUGUGCCCUUUAGAUUAGCACAACAGUGCAUAGAGAGCUUCAUGGAAUGGGUUUCCAUGGCCAAGCAGCUGCAUCCAAGCCUUACAUCACCAAGUGCAAUGCAAAGCGUCAGAUGCAGUGGUGUAAAGCACACCACCACUGGAUUCUAGAGCAGUGGAGAUGUGUUCUCUGGAGUGAUCAAUCAUGCUUCUCUGUCUGGUAACCUGAUGGGCGUGUCUCCGUUUGGUAGUUGCCAGGAGAACAGUACUUGCUUGACUUGUGCCAGCU